AGACACAUGUUCUAGAAACGUAAACAAUGAUGACAGUUUGAUAGACUCACGUUUUCCGAAACAUCUCCGGUGCGGUUUCGUUUAAAAAUGGAUAAAUGUAAACUAAUUAAAGAGAUUAACAAACUCCAAACGCUUCUGAAAACAAGACGCGUUGUCAUCAUCCACAAGUUGGUACGACUGAGCAAGCUGUUCACGGCGAAAGCUGCAACGAGUUCUGAUCCGCGUGCCCAAAAAAAGGCGGAAAACUACGUGGCCAUCCUUACCAACAUUAAAUCACUCUCACCUGCUACAUUGUUGGAGAAAGUCAUACAAUAUCAGCCAGCGAAAAAUGGCCAGCCGGCGUAUCCGCCCUCUAUUGAACAGCGCAGCAUUGCCCGGUUUAUGGAAGAUGAGAAGCUAGUUCGGCACCUCAAAUCGCUCGAAGGUCAGUUUGGCAAAGGUGAAAAUUCAAAGCUGCUUGAGGUCCUUAAGAAGAAGAGUAAGAUAAAAACAUCCGUGAACAAGCAGAAGAAAAAGGAAAGGAUUGCGAAGCGGCUAGCAAAAGAGGAGAAAAAGAAGCAAAACACCGGAAAACAAAAUGAAGCGUCCGAUAACAAGAAAAAACUGAAACGUAAGCUGGAUAACGAUGGAACGGAUGUUGUGCAACAAACAAGAAUUGCUUCGUACGAUUCAUACGAAUCGGACGACGGCUCUGAGCCGCGGAGCAUUAAGCUGAAUGAAUCCGAUCAAUCUGAUGAGGAAGAGCAGUUCGACCAACGAAGUUCUCCUAGCGUGUCCGUCAGUGAAAGUGAUCCCGAUUACGCCAGUGAUGAAGAUUCGGACGCUAAUGCUUUGGAAUCACGGAAAAAUUAUGUUUCUGUCGCUAAGCCGAAGAAAGCUAUUGAGCAGGGAAGCAAACCGAUCAUCAGCGAACCUAAACUACCAGAUAAUCAAAGUCUUCCAGCGAAAAAGAAGGUUGUAAAUUACAAAGCACCCGAGGACGACGACGAAGAAGACGGAGUUGAGCUGUUAACGGACAGCUUCUUCAUUACGGAAACGGGAGAACGGUACGUGGCAGUCGCUCCAAAACUCAAACCUCGGGCAGAAGGAGAUGAAGAUUCGGAAGAAGAAGAAGAAGAAAGCUGGAAAUUUGCCAAUAAGCGGAAAAAACGAGAGCAGCAAUGGCAAGAACAGGAUAAUGAUGAAGAACUGGACGUUGGGCAGAACUAUACGACGCACAGCAAAGCAAGUAACCUUGGCGGGAAAGGAAAGUUUGCCAAUAGGAAGCAAAUGUAUAAUCAAUCGUCUAAAAUUAACGACGAUCUUCAUCCGUCUUGGGCUGCCAAACAGGCUCAGCAAGGCAUUAAACCUUUCGCUGGCAAAAAGGUGGUAUUUGACGCAGAGGAUGGUGAUACAAACAUGAAACCAGUUGGCACCAACCGAUUUCCAAGUAAAUCUGAUAGACAAAGCGAUCUUCAUCCGUCUUGGGCGGCCAAACAGGCCCAGCAAGGAAUUAAACCUUUUGCUGGCAAAAAGAUUGUGUUUGACGGCGAAGAUGGUGAUACAAACAUGAAACCCGUCGCCACCAACCGCUAUCCCAACAAAUCUGAUAGUCAAAACGAUCUUCAUCCGUCUUGGGCGGCCAAACAGGCUCAACAAGGAAUUAAACCUUUCGCUGGCAAAAAGAUUGUGUUUGACGCAGAGGAUGGUGAUACAAACAUGAAACCAGUUGACACCAACCGAUUUCCAAGUAAAUCUGAUAGACAAAGCGAUCUUCAUCCGUCUUGGGCGGCCAAACAGGCUCAACAAGGAAUUAAACCUUUCGCUGGCAAAAAGAUUGUGUUUGACGCAGAGGAUGGUGAUACAAACAUGAAACCAGUUGCCACCAUGCGUUUUCCCAGUAAAUCUGAUAGACAAAGCGAUCUUCAUCCGUCUUGGGCGGCCAAACAGGCCCAGCAAGGAAUUAAACCUUUCGCUGGCAAAAAGGUGGUGUUCGACGCGGAUGAUAAUGAUAAUGAACGGGCAGAAUUUACUUCCAACCAACCAAAAAGCGACAAUUUCAAUAGCAAAUCACACCUUCAUCCUUCGUGGGCGGCGAAGCAAGCGCGAAAUGGAACUAAAAUCUUUGAUGGGAAUGGUACGAGGAGCUUUCCACCAAAGCACACCUCAAACAGUGAUCUUCACCCAUCGUGGGCGGCUAAGCAAGCAAAGAGCGGAAUUAAACCAUUUGCCGGCAAAAAGAUUGCAUUAAAUGAUGAUGAUAAUGACGGCAGUAACCACGCCGACCCAACCGUUAUAAAACGAAUGCAUCCGGCAGAUAAUCGUAAAAACAACGAUCUACACCCUGCAAAGCAGGCCCGGAAUGCUGUACUACCUUUUAACAGUGGUAGAUCAGCAUACGGCAACGGUGUUCACAAGUCUCAAGCUGACAACUCUGACCUACAUCCGUCCUGGGCUGCGAAACAGGCCCAGAGCGGAAUCAAACCUUUCGCGGGUAAAAAAAUUACGUUUGACGCCGAAUAAAUAAUUUCGCUCGGUAAAGAAAGCGAUCGUUCGCACUCUAUUAUCGAACAGUUA